AUGGCUGAAGCAAUCGUGCAGACAAUUCUUUCAUAUUUAACUAAACAAGCUCCAACACUUCUUAUCACCUUCAUUUCCUCCUCCAUCGCAUCUGGGAUUCCAUGCCCUCUCCUACGUCACUGGAGCAUCUCACUAGGUUGCAUUCUAUCACUCAUUGUCGGCGCCGCCAAAGGGGUCGCUAACGUGCUCGGUUUCUUCAAAUUAGACGACGCCUCCGCCAAAGACGCCGUCUCUAAAAUUAUUGGCGUCAUCGUUACAGCUCUCGUUCUUUGUCUUUAUUCACCAGGCAAUGUUAGCUUGGAUAUCUUGGAAGAAAAUAGUUGGAGUUGUGCUUUAAUAAUUUCAAAGGUGCUACUUGCUUUGAGAUCAAUCUUCACCAACCCUAACCCUUAUAAACCUCAAGUUCUAGGAAUUGCUCAUUUGUACUUGGUAGACCGAAGUAAAUAUGAUGCAUUAGCUGCAUAA